GGUACAGUUUUGCCUCCCUUUAGCAAUGUUGAUUCCCUCUAGGAAACAUAGAAGCAAACAUUGCGAGGAUACGGUUAAGGCAUGGUGUAUCCACUCUCCUUUUAUACACAAUACACACUCCCUUUCUCUCUCCUCUCUCUUUCUCUCUGAUAAACCUCUCUCUCUCCUCUCAUUUCCCCCUUCGCCGAAUCGAAGAGCCACUACUCACAAACCACACCACGUACACGCACAAAAUUUAGUAUAAAACUACUACUAAUUCCACAUCCCUUUAGAGAGAGAAUGAGCAGAAACAGAGGUAGCACGGGGGAAGCAAAGUAGAGAGAGAGAAAGAGUAUCUCUGUUACUUCACAUUCUCUCUCUAUUCUUUAUUUUCUUCUUCUUCUUCAGUUGUUGUGUUGGGUAUGGACUGUGGGUCUUUAGCGGACAUUGAUGACGAGUAUGAGAAGCUUGUGAUCGGCAUGAACCCGCCAAGGGUCACUGUGGAUAACAAUUCCAGCAGGAGAGCUACUCUAGUGAAGGUGGAUAGUGCUAAUAAAAAUGGGAGCUUGUUGGAGGUUGUGCAGGCCCUGAUUGAUCUUAACCUCACUGUGAGCAGAGCAUACAUUACUUCUGAUGGAGACUGGUUCAUGGAUGUGUUCCAUGUUGUUGAUCAAGAUGGGAAUAAGCUCUACAACAAUGAAGUUAUCGAUCGAAUUCAACAGUCGGUAACUCUUUUGGAUGUUCAUGUAGACUCGUCACAUUCUGCAUAUGAAAUGUAUACAGUCACUAUUUUAGAUAUAGCAUGUUUGUUAACAACUUGGUAAAGUUGGAUUUAAAUCUCUAUUAAAUCUUUGACUACCAAUCUAACCAAAUGCGAACACAACUUGCUACCAAAAGUGUGAGUGCAACACAAUGUGAAAGUCGUUUGCAAAACAUUCUUUGGCAAUGAUAAGAGAUUUUGAUGGUAUAGACAUGUCAAAAGUCAGAGAAGAGAUAUAAAAAGCACAUAGCUAAGAUGUGAGUAAUGAGUGCAUAAGAGUGUGUGGUCAUUUAUGAUACAAGAUAUUCUUAAGAUAAGGGUCAAAAUGGAAAAAACCAUUGCAAGUCAAAAAGGCUUUCAUCGAUUCAACAUUAAUUCUUACAUUGACUAAGAUGUUUUGUCAUUUUCGUAUCUGCAUUUAGUCAGCUUUAGUUGGCGCGCAGUGUAAGUUGCUGGAUAAAUUGCAUAUUCGAUUCUCUUUUAAAAUUUUUGUAAGAACAAAAUCACACACUAUUAGUUUCAUUAAUGGAAAAAAUGAACUA